AUGACUGGCCAAAAAAAGGAAAUCCCACGACUCCUUACACCUAAGUCGAAACUGCGACUUGGAUCGUGGAACGUGCGGACCGCCUUUCACUGCGGUCAGAAAGAAAUCAUCGCAAGGGAGUUGAGCAAGUGCCGGGUUACUGUUGCAGCUUUAUCCGAACUGAGGAUCAGCGGCUGUGGAACGACAAGAGUGCAGGUUCCUGCUACGGACGAUUGGAUGACACUGUACUACUCUGGCGGUCAAGAACAUCGUGAUGGUGUUGGGUUCAUGCUCAAUAGCCACGCAUCAAAAUGCGUCGUGUCGUUUCAACCCAUCUCGCCGAGAAUAGCAGUGAUCACUUUGGGCGGAACCGUCAAGUCGCACAUAGUGAGCGUAUACGCUCCGACGGAACCGAGCGACGACGGUAUGAAGGACGAAUUCUAUAUGCAGCUCCAAGACGUGCUGGACAGCAUUCCCAGAAGAGAUCUCGUUAUCGUCACAGGCGAUCUGAACGCUAGAACUGGCGCGCCGACAGAACCGGAUGGGAACCUGUGUGGGCCGAUUUGGCGUAGAGACAGCAUGUCAUCGCUAAAGGAUGUGCGUGCAAUGAGAGGCCCGGAUUGCGGAUCAGAUCACUACCUACUACGAGCAGUCGUGCAGCUCCGCCUACAGUGUGCUAAGCGAGGUAAACGCCAACCGAAAGUAGACUGGGAGCAACUUUAUGAAGCUGGAGGUGAAGCAAGGCUUCCAAAUUGCACUGUCAAAUCAGUUUGCUGCGUUCACGGAAGUGGGAACGGUGGACGAGGAAGAACGGCAGACUGCAAAAGUCAUUACCGAAUGUGCUACACAACUGUGCCCAGUUUUGCGCCGACGGACUAA